GUACGCAAAGGCCGCGCAAUCUGAUUGCUCAUUGGUAGCAUUAGCCGUGCUGUACCCCUGCAUGGCAUGCUCUUCCCUGAGAUCAUCCAUCGCCAGCUGCCUUGCCCUGGCAUCGCCAUCAUUCAGCUCUGCUCCGCUCCGCCCUUCUCUUCUCGGCUCCCUUCCUCCGCUUUUCUGCACGACCGGCCGGCUUCAUAUAGCUAGCCGCCGCCGCUGCUGCUGAUAAGGCCUCGUGGUCCGCUCCUCCUACAGCUCAAGAACACCAUUGCUGCAAGCUUCUCUUCCCUAUGAGAGCAUUAGCCGUGCCUGUUAGGAUUUGAGGCAUCGCAGAGAGAAGAUUUCGUCUUCUCUUCUCUAUAUGGGAAGAUCAGAUAGGUUGCUAGGGGCAUUGGUGUGCUGGCUACUGGUCGUGUUCUUGCUGUGCGUUUGCCUUUUGGUGGCCAUGGUGGCGACGGAUGCUGCCAACUUAGGGCCGGACACCGCACCCUCUGCGGGCGGUGGGCGCGCCAACUUGGCGACGGGCUCGCCGGCGCAGUUCUGGAGCAGCAAGAGGAGGAUCCCCAAGGGACCUGACCCUAUUCACAACAGGCGCGCCGAGAAGGCGACAAUCGCGCCACGGCGGAGAGACUAGCCGGAGCCCAGCGACAACAACCGAAAGCUCAUCUUCUUCCAGUGAGCCUGUGAGUGAUUGGGAAGGAGUCAUGAAGAAGAUGAGGUAGCUAGCUGCCUAGCUCUCCUUCGAUGGGGAUUUUGGCUGUGGGUGUGGGGAUCUGUAUAAAGUUGCAACGUUCCCUCACAAGAAUUCUGUUUUGUUUUCCUUUUCGCCAAGCUGGUGACUGAUGAGUGAGAUUGAUUAAUUACCUUUCGCAUAUUCUUCCGAGAUUUGAUGUGAAUCAGUGGUCAUUUUUACUGUAACUUUUUUUUUUGUGUGUGCGUGUGCAAGAAAUUCAGAAAACCAAAGCUGCCGAAUUGGCCGUCCC